AUGGACGGCACAUACUACCACCAUCAAGGCGUGAUGUUUCCUCCAAUGUUUCCUCAAGUCUUUCCACCGCCACCGCCACCACCGCCCGCCCCUGCUACUCAGUCGGUCGUGCCAGCCAAGAGGGAAGACGAUGAUGUCCAGUUUGUGUCUUCUAAUCCGGUCAAGAAGAGGAGGCUUGACACCUAUCGACCCAUCAUGCCACCUCCAACCAUACCAACCAUAACACACUCACCGCCCCCCGCGGACAAUCCACCGGUUCCCGCCCCCAACCACCAGCCACCUGAGCCUCCCAAGCAUGCAGCAGUCACUGCGGUGCAGUCACAACCGGAGCGAAGAGGGAGCACCGGCAUGGUCGAUCCGUCGUCAACAUCACACGCGAUGGACAUAGACCCGACGCGAGGCUGCUCGGUCCCGAUUCCGGAGAGAUCACAGUAUCUUGAGUCGUUCUGGACCGCGCCGUCAUCUGGUCCACAGUGCUCUCCGCCGGUAUCACCCAAGACGCUACCGGAGCAUGUUCAACCGUCUAUGCUCCGGCUCGACGAGCAUCACGGUCCGGCCCCUGGGCCCACGAAUGGGCUGAGUGGUGGUGGUGGAGCGGUGGUGAACAGUGCUGGCUUUUCCGGAUCGGCUCACCCGACCAACAGCCCGGCCCGUAUGGGCUCUCAACCGCCAACAGUGAGAGCGGAAGGUACGCCGACCCAACCAAAUUCGGAAAUGCAAAUGCCAACUGAGACUGUAAAGGACACAAGCACCGUCGAUUCAACUCUGGCUGGCGCUGUUGACUUCAUCCCUGAGCCCGAUGCUGCUUCAAUGUUAGAUGCCACGAAUGGACAGCAGCAGGUCACGACGGGAACCGUGACGACAACAGUCACUCAUAACCAACCUUGUGCUCAAGCUGACCCCAAACCAGCAUCAACUGUUCCAGUGAUGGAUUUCCAGAGAGGCCAAAGCCCAGCAAAGACACCAAACACGACCGCAACACCACAAGUCCAGCCUCAUACUCACAUCCACACUCACCAUCACACUCCUCACCCUAGUCCCGUGGCACCUCUUACCCAAGUUCCAGCCCAUACCCCAGCGCAUGCUUCCGCCCAUGGCACGACUCAAGCUGGCUCCUGCGGCGAUCGUCCUGCAUCAGGAGCCAAAGGACCUUGUCGGCAAUGUUUGGAGGCGAGGUUACGGCAACAAGCAGCGAGCCAGGCAGCAAACCUGACUGCCGCGGCCGCGAUGCCUUCGACCGCCAAUGUUCCAGGAGCAGCGCAAACUUCCAUGCCGUCUUCCACUAUCCAGCAACACUGGCCACACAUGCUCGGCAUCAACCCCUACGCCAACCCGAUGGCUGGCGCCAUGUACGGCCCGUUGCUGCAACAAUCAAUGAUGGCGGGCCCGAACAGCGCUUUCGCUCUCCCGCAACAGCAAUAUCCUCAUGGCAUGCCAGCCCAGCAGCCAGCCGGGCACAUGCUUCCCAUGGCACCAACGUCAACACAGCCGGUAGCUCCGACCUACUCUUCCAGCCAGAGGAAUCCCUACCUCCAAACGCCCAGUUCCGCAAACACAGGCAAAUCCGCCGCCCCGAAGGCAACGGACCCACCGCAGCUUACCACCAAACACAUCAUCGUCGACAUCGCCGACACCUGUCUCAACGUGUUCCCCUUCGAAGAGGUGGCGAAACGGCACAACCAGCCAGAGCAAAAAGUCAGAGACAUCUUCGGAGCGGUCAUCCAGGUCCCGCUGCUGCGGUGCAACACCGACAAGAGGAGGGCCGGCAAGCUGGGCACGGCACGCGUCAAGGAGUUCAACCAGGCGAAGAAGGACGCGCAGGCGCAGGUCAGCGCGAACCAGUCAAAGCAGGACGCCAUGGGUCAGAGUCCUUACAUGCCAUCGGCGUGGGAGAUGGCGCAGUUUAUUGGGCCAAGUGACGUACGACUAGGUAUGUUCAACAACCAGUUCACAGGGCCUUGGUAA